AUGCAGAAACACCCAGUCAUCGCGAUCGCAGGUCUGGCCUGCGAGACGUCUACUUUCUCCCCAGCCCGGACGUUGGCAGCAGCCUUUCACCCCCGUCGCGGUCGGGAGAUCAUCGAGAAAUAUGCCUUCUUGAGCCCGGGAAUGCCGCUUGGGGACAGCGCCAGCUGGAAAGGUGCCUUGAUCGGUCAUGCUUUACCCGGUGGAAUUGUCACUCGGGCAGCGUUUGAAGAACUGGCAAAUGAAAUCCUAACUCGACUCGGCCAGAUAUGCGAGUCGAGCCCUGUUGAUGGUCUGUGGUUUGACAUCCACGGUGCCAUGUGCGUCGAAGGGCUGGAGGAUGUGGAGGCGGAACUUCUCCGGAGGAUUCGUCUAGUUGUUGGAUCCAACGUCAUUGUAUCAGCGUCGAUGGACCUGCAUGGCAAUGUCUCUCAGCAGCUUGCAUACCAAACGGAUCUCAUCACGUGCUAUCGCAUGGCACCACACGAGGACGAAAUGGAUACCAAAGAGCGCGCGUGUCGCAACUUGGUUGAUAUCUUGACAUCGAGAGCGGAUGCGAGGUCUCGUCCGUUGAAGGCAUGGUGCAAGAUUCCUAUUUUAUUACCAGGGGAACAGACAUCAACACGGGUAGAGCCCGCUAAGGGUCUUUACGCGCUUGUCCCCGGGGUAGAAGCCAUACCUGGCGUGAUAGAUGCCGCAGUCUGGGUCGGGUAUGCAUGGGCAGACGAGCCUCGUAACCACGCAGUUGUGAUGGUGACAGGCUGGGACGCGGAGAUCGUCACUGAAAACGCUCAAAGAUUGGCAAUGCAUUUCUGGGAUUCACGGGAAGCUUUCCACUUUGUUGCUCCCACGGGCAGUCUGGCAGAGUGUAUCCAUGUCGCACUUGAAUCAGACCGCCGUCCCUUCUACAUUUCAGACUCCGGGGACAAUCCAACUGCUGGAGGCGCCGGAGACGUGACGUGGAGUCUCGCCCGAGUCUUGGCUCGCCCUGAAUUCCAAAAGGCCGAUGGGCCUGUGGUGGUGUACGCCAGUAUUCCGGGACAGCAAGCAGCCGACACCAUUGUCCGAGCAGGAGUCGGUGCUAUUGUGACGGUCGUUGCCGGCGCAGAAGUCGACAAUAUUCACCAAGGGCCCAUCGCCAUGACUGGUCGGGUGCACGCCAUCAAACACGGAGAUCGGGACGCGAUCAUCGAAUGUGUUCUUCAGGUCGGAAGUGUUUUCGUCAUCAUCACCAAGCUACGAAAGCCCUACCACCACGAGUCUGACUUUACCGAGCUCAAACUUGAGCCACGAACGGCAGAUAUCGUGAUGGUGAAGAUCGGGUAUCUGGAGCCUGAACUGUACGAGAUGGCGGCAGACUGGAGACUGGCCCUGACUCCCGGUGGGGUCGAUCAAGAUUUGAAGCGUCUUGGACAUUGUCGAAUCCAUCGACCCAUGUGGCCCUUUGACGAAAGCUUCAACGAGCCCCCGGAUCUCCGACCUCGAUUGAUUCCAUCAUCGAAUGAACCCUUUGUGGAAUAA